AUGAAUCGCCACAUGCCAGCAACAACACGGACAGCAGACAUCAACCCACCCUCCUCCCCCAACCUCCAAACACCAUUACCAACUCCCCCGCCCGCAGGAGCCGCAGACUCCUCGGCCCGCGAGCCGCCCCCUGUCGCCGCCCCCAGCGGGCACGCGCCCGGGGUGUGGCCGCCCCUCCACGCCGUACCCCCCCCCACCCCCCGCCCCUCCGGGACUGCAGCGGCCGGGGCAGUCCGGGGCGACUUACUUCCCCGGGCCCGCACUGGCCGCCAGGGGGCGCUGCCGAGCCCGCACCCCAUUGUUUGUAAACAAACCCGCCAGACCGCGGAGGCACCUGCGCUCUUGGACCCUCAGUGCCUCCCGCCCAGGGACCCCAGCCUCGUGGAGGGUGGGGAGGGCAGGGAGAGAGGGGAGCCCGAUGUGGCGACGCAGCGCGCCCUCCCCCCGCACUGUCUCUCCGAGUGCACUCCCGCCACCUCCUCCAGGGAGCCCACCCGGCCUGGCCAAUCGCGGCUGGCGGGGAUUCGGGGUGCGCACACUCACCCCGGGGGCAUGAACACGCCGGAGGGGAUGGCGAUUGGGGGCGGGCGGCUUCCUUCAGGAGGGCGCGCCCGCCGAGCGCCGCUCGUUGCGGCUGCUGCCGCUCUAACUGCAGUGGCUGUUGCUGUUGCUGCCGCAGCUGCUCCUCGAACCGCAGGCGCCUCCGCGUCCUGGUCACUGCUACUGCUGCCGCUGCUGCUGCCGCUGCUGUCGUUGUUGCUGCCGCCGCCGCCAGGCGCCCGCUCGCAUGUGGCUCUCGCCGCGUCUCAGGCCGCCCGGCGGAUCCCGGGCCCGCUCGGCGGCCGCCCCGCCCCGCCCCGCCCCCGCCUGGCGGGUCCCACGCCCCGCCCCCGAGUGACGCCACGGCCCGGCCCGCCCGCCCGCCCGCCGCGGACAAGUCGGGACUUGCAGGCGCGCGCCGCGCCCCCUACCUCGGCGCGGGGGGUUUCCCUGCAGCCGGGGGCGGGGCAAGGCUCGGGCCUGGGGGCGGAGGCGCGCCGAUCGGCCUUCCGGACGGGCGGGACAGCUGGACACGCACACACUGACACACUGACACAGUGA